AUGCAUCCUAAUCAACAAUAUCCCGGGCAAGGCGGAGCAUCCAAUGCUCCAUAUCCACAGCAACCACCACAUAAUGUAGCUGGUGCACAACGACCACAACAACCGCCUUUUGGUAAUCCAGCAUCUUACAGUAUUGGAGCUGGUAUAAUGGGAGGUAAUCAACCAAGUAUGCCAGGACCACAUGGCGGUAAUCAAGGUGGAUACGGAAGCUCUGGCAACCCAUAUGGACAAAGUUCUGGCAAUCCUUAUGGACAAACCUCUGGCAAUCCAUACGCACAAGGUUCUAACCCUCCAGGAGGCAAUCCUUAUGCACAAAGUAGUUACGGUAUGUCUGGCGGAGGAAGUGGUCCUGGCAGCUAUCCCUCCUCUGGUCAACAACCAUACGGUAACAAUCCAUACGCUCAAAAUUCCAGUACUGUAGGAGCUGGAUAUCCUCCUUCACAAAGUGGUGGGUACCCACCACAAAGUGGAGCUUAUCAACCCCAAAGCGGCGGUUAUCAACCAAGACCUGGAGGUAAUCCUCCUCCAAGUGGUGGCUAUCCACCUCAAAGUGGGGGUAAUCCUCCUCCAAGCGGUGGCUAUCCACCUCAAAGUGGGGGUAAUCCUCCUCCAAGUGGUGGCUAUCCACCUCAAAGUGGGGGUAAUCCUCCCCCAAGUGGUGGCUAUCCACCUCAAAGUGGGGGUAAUCCUCCCCCAAGUGGUGGCUAUCCACCUCAAAGUGGUGGCUAUCCACCACAAAGUGGAGGUUAUCCACCUCAAAGCGGUGGCUAUCCACCACAAAGUGGUGGUUAUCCAGGUCAACAGUCAUCGUAUCCAUCCCAAGGUGGUUUUCCAGGAAGUCAACAAAGUGGUGGUUUUAUGUCAAAUGAUCAACGUUCACAACAGCUUAAUCAACUUGUUCAAAGAUACGAAAUUAGUCCACAAAUAGCUGCACGUUUACAUAUACUUGCUAAUUGCGAAAUCGUUGUUCUAUGUGAUGAUUCAGGUAGUAUGAAUACACCACUUCAAGGUACUAAUCAAACACGAUGGGAUGAACUAAAAUCUCUCGUUAAUAUUGUCGUUGAUAUUUGUGCAGUUAUGGAUUCUAAUGGUGUUGAUGUUUAUUUUUUAAAUCGAGAUCCUGUACUGAAUGUAACUAAUGCACAAAAUAUGCGUCAUGUAUUUAAUUCACCAGCAAAAGGUUUAACUCCACUUGUACCUGCAUUACGAAAAAUUCUUGCAGCUAAACGUAGUUUAACAUUUGAAAAGAAACUUUUGAUUCUUAUUGCUACUGAUGGAGCACCAACAAAUGAACGUGGUCAAACAGAUAUUGGUUCAUUAGAGGCCGUUUUACGAAAUGAACGCACGCCACAAACUUACAUUACAUUUUUGGCUUGUACAGAUGAUCUUGAUUCUGUAAAUUAUUUAUCAAGUUGGGAUAAAUCAAUGCCUAAUUUGGAUGUUAUUGAUGAUUAUCGUUCAGAACGAGCUGAAAUUCAACGAAUACGUGGUGCAAAUUUUCCAUUUUCUUUUGGUGAUUAUAUUGUCAAAGCUUUAUUAGGUUCUAUAGAUCCUUGUCUUUUACCAUGUUGUAAAUGUUCAAUAACUCGACAACAACCUAAAUCAACAAUAGUAAUUCCAAAAUAUCGAAAAUGCUCAUCAAUUUUAAAUAAUGUAUCUGAUGUUGAUUGUACAUAA